AUGUGGUUGCAUUCCAAGAUGUUCCGUCCCGUCGCUCGAUUCCGGAUUGUUUCCAAAGAAGAGAUUGAUGCCCACUCGUGGGCCACCUUGACCGGAGGUAUUAACGGGUUCUGUUUGGGAACUCUUAUUUCUGUGGGUAUCUAUGCCCUGGCCCCUAAGCAUUAUCCAAAGCUGUUCAAAUUACCAUGGUCUAUCAGAACCGCAACCGCCAUCAUGCCGCCAGCGUUCACCACAGCUGUGAAUGCGGAAUUGGCAUCCACCAAAUUCGACAACGAGAUGUACUCGUCGGAGUUCCAACAACGCAAAGUUCUGGAAGAACAUAGAAGAUGGGCCCGCUUGUCUCCAACAGAAAAGUUUGUGGAGUCGCUCUCUAACAGCAAGUACAAGAUCAUCACUGGUCUUUGGGCCGCCUCCAUGGUUGGCUCGUGGAUGUAUGUUGAUAGAGACCCAUUGCUCACCAAGACCCAGAAGUUUGUUCAGGCCAGAAUGUACGCCCAAUUCAUCACCGUCGGCUUGCUUCUUGGAUCUAUUGGUUUGAGCGUCUACGAGGAAAAACACCAUCUCAACAACACAGAGAAGGGAGAGGACUCGUAUUUGCGCGAGGUCUUGGAAACCAACAGCCACAAAUAG